UAAAAAAGUCCUAUGAGAAGCAGUUAAAAGAGCUGGGUAGUUUUGCCAAGAAGUGAAUAUUAAGGUGAGACAUGAUAGCUGUCUUUAAAUAUUUGAAGAGCUGUCACACUGAAGAUGGAGCAACUUGUUCCCUGUUGCUCCAGAUGGCAGGAUGAAAACCAAUGGGUGGAAAUUGCAGGGAAAUUAGUUUCAGCUGAACGUUUCAGCUCAAUGGUAAGAGCUGCUUGGAAGUAGACAAGGUAGGUUCAGGAGCUGGUGGGCUUUUCUUCACUUAAGGUUAGUUAAGAAGAGACUCAAAGCUGUCUGUAUCAGGGAUGUUGUAGCUGCAUCCUAUGCUGUAGAUCCUGCAUGGGGGGGGGGAGACUGUAGAUGGCCUCCAACGCUUCUCUCAACUCUAAGGUAGCACCCACAUGAUAGAUUUAAAGCACAUAGCUUCCCUCAAAGAAUCCUGGGAGCUGUCAUUUGUGAAGGAUGCUGGGAAGUGUUGCUCUGUGAGUGGUAAACCACAAUGCCUGGGAUUAUUUGAGGGAAGUCAUGUGAUUUAAAUGUGCUGUAAAUGUAACAUGAAUAGGACCCAUUUUUAGAUAACCCCUUACCAAGUCCUUUCCAACACUCAUUCUGUGAAUUUAGAAUAUCAAGAGAUUUAAGAAAAAAACCCACAUUCUCCUUUUAAUAUUUGUAAACCACUCACUCAGUAGAAAACCUCUAAGCGGUUUACCUAUUGACUGCUGAGCAAUUUUUACAUAUUCUGAUAUCUGUAUUCAGUUAUCUCCUGGCAAAUAACAUUUUGUUUCUCUUAAAGCGGCAUCUGAGUUGCAUUCAACAUAUGCAGCCAAUAAUUUAAAAAUAAGAGCUACAUUAAAUUUAACGUUUUGCUAUUUUUUUUCUCAAUGAAAGCAUGUCAUUAGGGCUGGGAGGAGAACUCUGUGAUUAUAAGUUUAUUGACUUAGAGAUUGGAAAUGUUAUUAGUUUCAAGUUCCACUACAGAUGGUAGAGAUAACAGGGCAUAUUUUCCGCAUGACUGGCAAUUUUUAGUGGUCAGUAUCAACAUCUGGUAUAGGAAAGCUUCCUCUAUUAUAUGAUCUUUAGUCAUUCCAGAUAUUUCAGUUUGUCACAGACAAAGUGUCCUUUGUACCUUCCUCGCAUGGUAAUUCAUACAGAUUUUGGAAUAUUCACGUGUUUAUGAUAGCCUUCCAACUGUCUUGCAGAUUAAUCCUGUUCAAGUCGUAUCCCUGCCUAAAACAUACACAUAUUGCAUUAAGUUGAACUGUGCAACUUUCCCUUCAGCCAGAAUUUUUCCCUUUCUUCACUUGGUCUAGAAGAAACUCUCAUGCAAACGUGUGUUAGGAACCCUGCUAGAGAGCUGAGUAAAAUCCUGUUAAUAGCCUGGGCUCAACUACAGAGUUGCAAGUUCAGAUAGCUAAAACCUUGCAGAGGUGUGUUCCUGACAAUCCACCAUUAUGGAAGUUUCUUCCUCUGAGGACUUCCAAUAAUUGCAAAGUGCCCUAAAAUUGCUUUAGCCAUCAGAUUAUUGGUGGAUACCAUUUAGCAGUGUUUGAAGAUGCUGACAAUUUACAGCUAAGGCAAUAAAACUCAUUGACUAGUUAAUCAAUUAAUAUGUGACAGAAUGUUAUGUGUUUGCUCAUUUUGUGCAGGGGAGGGGCGGAAGGCAGAUGAAAGGAGGACAGAGGGAAGGCAGGAGAAACUGUAGCUGCCCUGUCUUUUGAGGCCUAAGGCAUUCAAGGUUGCAGCCUGCAAGCCUGUUAGUUGGCUAGGCAUCUGAACCAAUCUUGGGGAGGAGAGCAUUUUCCUUCACAAGGUUCAGUGAUACGAGUAAACUUAGUUUCUAUUGCAGUUUGGGUUAAUUCAGGAGACUAGCUUGGAUCUAGACGCUGCAUGAAGAAAAAGGUGCAGCAUCCUUGGUGGCUGAGGUGCAGCCCUUGAUGUUUAAAGGCCUCACACAGAAUGGGCUCAAUUUCUGACCUAAAAUUAUUCAGAUGGCUUGUUGAAUGUUCAGAGAGAGAGAGAUUACCUGCCCAGAGGGAAUAGUGUGUAGCCAGUCCAAAGUGUUUAUAUCCAGCUAGUGGAUCUUUGGAUGACGGAUAGUAUACUACUACUACUACUCAUCAUCAUCAUCAUCUUCAUCUUCCUCAUCAUAUUUCUCUUAAUCUGCGCUAUGUCUUGGAGAUAAAUAUGGAUAAAUUAUAUGACGGGUAGGCAACAUGGUCCCUUCCAGAUAUUGUUGGACUGCAGCUCCCAUCAUCCCUGGCAAUGGACCAUACUAGCUGGGGCUGAUGGGUCUUGUAGUCCAACAACAGCUGGAAAGCACCACAUUAGCUACCCUGCUUUAAGCUUUUUCUCUUGCCCCACCAGCACUUUCAAUUAUACUGUGAUGUCUUGCUGCCUCCCUCCCACUGUCAGCCUGCUUGCCCCUGAGCUGAGGAUAAGGAGAUUAAACAAAUGACUCAUCUGUCUUUGUCUUAGAGCAGCUUCACACUUUCAAUUCCCCCCCCCCCCACACACAAGGGUGUAUCUUAGUCUUAGGAAUAAAAAUACUCAGAACACCACUAAUCAUAGCUUUCUAACAAUGGCUCUAGGAUUGAUGGGGAGGGAUCCUCACGAGAAGAUCAUGAGACUUGGUGGACUUACCCUGUGGAGGGUUGCAGGCUCCAGUGAGCAGCGGAAGGAUGUUCCAUUGAGUAGUUUCCCACAAUGCCCUGGAGCAUUCCUGAUUUAGUGUUGCUCCAGGGCAUUGUGAAAAUUUUAAAUGGUGGCUCCAAGCCAUGUGAAGCUCAUUGGCCCAUGAGAAAAGAGGUCUUCAGGGUAGGGUAGGGUAGUAGCUGUUGGGAUACUGCCAGGGAGACGAAGGCCAUCAUGCAGCCUUCCACGUCGUCUCCCAGUCUCCCGUGGAAACAGUAUCAGUCAACUAGUGACACGAGCCUCCCCCCCAUCACAACCCCCCCCCCCCAUCACAACUGCCCAGCCAGGUACUAGUGCCAAGGCAGGCCAGGUACAGAGGGAAAGAGUACAAACAGGCAGUAGGCUGUGAUUCUUCUCUCUCACCAGCCCUUGGUAGAGCAUAAUUAUUGGGUGCCUGAUUCUCAAGGUUCCUUCAAGGCUAUCAGUAGCUACCAGCCACAAUGGCUAUGUUGUAUCUCCACUGUCAUAGGCAUUAGACCUCUGAAUACCAGUCGCUGGGAAUCACAGGUGGGCAGGAUGCUGUUGCACUUGUGUCCUGUUUUCGGGCUUCCCACAGGCAUCUGGUUGGCCACUGUGUGAACAGGACACUGGACCAGAUGGACCAUUGGAUCUGAUCCAGCAGGUUCAUCUUACAUUCCUAUGUCCUGGUUUGAGCCCUGCAGCUCUUAAUUCUCCUAUAAUUCUCCCCGUUCUUUGAAAGCGGAUGACUCUUUGCAUUACUGAAUCCUUAAUAAAUGUAUAGCCACAACAAAGGACGUCACUGCAAGGAAGCAUUCUUUUGAGUGCUGUACAACAAAAACUACCUGUUAAAAGUCUGCCUGCCCUUGACCUCUUAUUGAUUUGGUUGGCAAUAAGAGGCCAGCAUCAAUAGCAAAGAAAGAAAGAAAGCUUCAAGAAAGCACUUUUGACUGCCUGUCCUCCUCUGAGAAUAGUCGAGGUGUCCACACAUUUUAUUUCACUUGCCAAGGUCACAGCCAAUGAGGAAGCCAAGACAAUUAAUCCUAGAGUGAGACAGACAUCAGCAGCAAGAGUACAUACUGUGUUCAUUUUCGAAGGCUUUUUGAAACUCUCGGCCUCCUGCUGCGUCUCAGCAGCAAAGGUCAGCCUGAGUUCUGCUCUUCCGUAGAAAUGAGUUUGACUGCAGGAGCAGAAAGAACUUCAUUUUCUAUAUAUAACCACGAGAGUUAAGAUGUUUCAGACAAAGUACACUGAAAAUACAUUUGGUAUUAGGAUAUACGUGUAUCGUUCUUCAGUGCUUGAGCGGAAUGGAAACCUUGUAAAGUAUGUCUGCUUGCAUCCAAAUUCUUCAACCUUGGCGAUUCUGUGUGACUGACCACUGUCCCUGCAGAUCAUGCCUAUGAUAAUAGCCAAGAUUAUGAUAGCUAGGGAUGGGACCCUCCAGAUUCUGAGGCAUCAGGGGUUGGCUGCCUUCUUCAUUACUACCGUAUUUUGUGAGCAUCCAGCUGGUCACUGUUGGAAUGUUGGACAGGAUUGACUUUUAAUCUCACCCAGGAAGGCAAUUCUUAUACGCAGGAUGUUUUAGGCCAGCGUUGGUCCCUUGCCAGACCACAUUACUAACAAAGACCAGCAAAGGCUCUGCAGCCUUGUGUGUUGCUGUGUUGUUAAUACAUCAGAGGAAUUUGGUAUAGAAGUAGGUUUUGGAUUUCUGCCCAAGAUGGCAGCAAGUGUUUGCAAACUGUACUGAGUUAUCCACUUUUGUUCUUUCUUUACGCAGUUGGAAUUAUCCAGCACGGCCAUCCUUCAUCAGAUCCGGAGGGAUCAAGUCACGGAUACAUGCCGAGCCAACAGCAUGUCUAGCAGGAAACGUCGUGUGCUGACACCCAACGACCUCAAGCAUUUGGUGGUUGACGAGGAUCAUGAGUUGAUCUACUGCUACGUCCCCAAAGUGGCCUGCACCAAUUGGAAGAGAGUCAUGAUGGUUUUGAACGGGAGGGGCAAAUACAGCGACCCGAUGGAGAUACCAGCUAACGAAGCCCAUGUCUCGUCAAACUUGAAGACGCUCAACCAAUACAGCAUCCCAGAGAUCAACCACCGCUUGAAAAACUACAUGAAGUUCCUGUUUGUCCGCGAGCCUUUCGAGAGACUGGUGUCAGCCUACAGAAACAAAUUCACCCAGAAGUAUAACACCUCCUUUCAUAAGAGAUAUGGAACCAAAAUUGUCAAGCGCCAAAGGAAAAAUGCGACCCAGGAAGCCCUACAUAAAGGCGAUGAUGUGAAAUUUGAGGAGUUUGUGGCUUAUCUCAUAGACCCUCACACCCAAAGAGAAGAGCCAUUCAAUGAACACUGGCAGACUGUAUACUCUCUGUGCCAUCCCUGCCACAUCCAUUAUGAUCUCAUAGGGAAAUACGAGACACUCGAAGAGGAUUCCAACUACAUUCUUCAACUUGCAGGAGUAGGAAACUAUCUCAAGUUCCCCACCUAUGCAAAGUCUACAAGAACUACUGACGAAAUGACUACAGAGUUCUUCCAGAACAUCAGUUCAGAGCACCAAACACAGCUGUAUGAAGUCUACAAACUUGAUUUUUUAAUGUUCAAUUACUCAAUGCCAAGCUACCUGAAAUUGGAAUAAGGUGGAGAGCCAGAGAAAAAGAGGGGGAAAGAAUAUGAAACCUGUUUUAUUUAAGAUUUUUAUUUGUCACAAUUACAUAUGAAGAAUGGGUUAUUUUGUAAGUUAAUAUUUUCUUCUUUUUUUGAAUGAUGCUGCGAGCAGCAUAGUUGGAAAUCUAUUAUUUAAAUUGUCGGUAAGAAGGGACAGCUCUGUUUGCAGGGUAAGAAAACUGCGGCGGCUGUAGCUCUAGAUGUGACUAGUAACUGCGACACUGUUUGGUGCGGGGCGCGUGGGGGGUAUUAUUUUUGUCCUGGUGAAUUCUUUUCCUUUUGCAUUCUUCAUAAAUCUCAGCCUUUUAUGUUAUUUAUGCUUAUUUAAGAACACAAUAGAUUCCUUGUUAGGAGCCAAGAUGCAACACUGUGUGGACAAAGAAAACGUUUCCUGUGCAUUCCUUGCAGGAGUUUGUCUCUCUGUCCCUAAUGUCAUUACUGAAUGUUCCACUAGUGAAGAAUGUGUGCAAAUAAUUGGAAACAUUGGAACAUGAAUGGGUUUAAGGGGCUCGGGGGACCCUCCCUUGAAAUAUAUAUGUCAAAACCUUGUGGUUCUCUGAUCUGUAAGACACACUUUUCUGCCGAUGAUCACACACAGAUGAAGGCCCAACGUUUGUCCACAGGGACGCAAGGUCGGUGAGGCUUUCACCUUCGAGAAUGUAUUAAAACAUCACACAUGUGCAUUUCCAAAAUGAAGGGCAAGGGGAAGGAGGAGAAGUGGACUGCCUUACUCAGUCUCUCCACCCUUAAAAGGGCCAGUCCAAUAUUAAGCCAGACACUUCAACCACCUCCCAACCUCCCUGCAAUGAAAUGAGCGAUGCACACAAUGAGUCUGAUGGGAAAACCAAGUCCUUCGGAGAUGGUAUGACAGCUGAUUGGCAACCACAAUGUCUAAUUUGACCCCCACAGUGCUCAGAUUUUGUUCUUUCUGCAGGGACCCCCUUGCAUGUACAAUACUCCUUGCGACACCAUUGUCCUUUCUCAUCUCCCUGUAUUUUGGGCCCAGUGUCCAUCCCUGGCUUCCUGCAAAGUUGGCUUAACCCAGCCUUCAGAGAAGGCACCAGCAAAAUGAUUGGGAAGGGGUGUGAAUAUGCUGCAUACACCCUACCCCUAAUGCCACGUUCCACCCAUGACAUGUGCUCCAAAACAAAGAACUGAAGACAUGAUCGUUGGUUUCCCAUAAGGCAGAGACAAGGAUAGAUGUUGGGUGACUCCAGCUCCCAUCAGCCCCUGCCAGAAUGGCCAAUGGUCAGGGGUAAUGGGAGCUGCAGUAGAACAACACCUAGAGGGCCGCAGGUUUCUUAUUCCUACUGUAUCCUAAUGAGUGAACCAGCACCACGUUCUGAACUAUUGCAACAUUUUUAGGUUCCCAUUGCAAAUAUGAAAUGACAGCAGGGACUCUCCUUUAGGGUGGAUCCCUGUGCUCUAGAAUACCUGCACAAAACUGAAUACCCUACAAAGGAGCAAUUUUAUCAGAAUAUCAUAUAUGAUGCCGUGUGUGAUAGCAUCGGCCUUGAAAGGGACAGCUAGAGUUGCUUAAAUAUAUAUGUGUAUACGUGCAUAAUAUUUAAAGUCUGUGACUGAAAGAAAUGUGAAUGUAUCUUGUACAGAGCAAAAUUUUCAAAUCUCUACUUUGCCAGACAUGAUGUUAAUAUCAUUUUUGACUUCAUACUUGGCAUUCCCUUGUUUGACAUCAAGAGGUGAUCCAUCUGCAUUGCCAUGAUAAAUACUAUUGGUAGUAAUAUUAUUUAAGGCUGCAGUGGCUAGUCAGCUGAAUGGUUAGAUGGACCAAACGAUUUUAAAUUGGUUAAUUAAAAAUAUGUCCCCAGUUAAUUGGGCUGCAGCUUUUAAAAACAAUGUAGAUUUUUAUAAAAGUACUUCCACAAACCAUAGGUAGCAAGCACCGUCUUAGAAGAAGCAUUUCUACAAUCUCAUAUAGAAGCCUUCUAAGGUUGAGCCUCGGUGGUGGGUGCUUGUUAUCACCUAAAGCAAUUAAAGAAUGUGUUUUUUCCUUGAGAACAAUUUGAGAAUUUUUCUUGAGAACAGAUCGGAAAAACAAUUAAUUAAUGUGUUUUUUUCAAAUCCCAUGAUUUAUGAAGAUUAACUUAAUUGGCUGACAGUCCUAAUAUUAUUGUAACAUGUAGCUCCAACAUGUUGAAAAUGAUUAGUGGAUUUUGAGUUUUCAGCUCAUUUUCCGGGGAAAAAUAAAGAGUAGAAUCAUAAAAUCAUAGAAUUGUAGAGUUGGACACCGAGGGUCAUUUAGUCAAACCCCUAAAUAGCCCUAGUUAAAGAAUAGCAUUUCAAGUGCUCAGUUCUCUUCACAUCUGUUAUCUCAGUCAGUGCCGUGCGGUGAAAUUUUUCCUAGGGGAAGAGUUAGGGGCAGAGGCACCAGCUUGCAAGGUCCAUUGGGGAGGGCGGUCGACACACACACAAACAUCGUGCUCCCCCUCCCCAAGCCAGUAAAAGGCUUCCUGGGCUUUGGGAAGGUCUAAUGUGCCAGGAACAUUGAGGGGACUAGCUUAGUCCCCUGACCGCACACCACUGAUCUCAGUAAUUGUACAGCACUGUAAGAAAGGCUGGUACUUCAAAAGCCAAGUUGUGGCACAUUUGGUAAGCAGAGCCUGAUCCAAAGACCUAUUUUGUAGUGGCUGAGGAGUGUAGCACAUGCUGGCACUUCAAUUCAGCACCACGUCACCGAGGAGGAUACCAGAUAUCACAUGAUUUGAGCGGGGCAGCCCAUCAUAUGCAGAGUCUGGAUGAAAGGGAUGGGGGGCCUAAAGGCGAAGUAAAUCAUAAUUGGGAAUGUCUAAUGCCCUCAAGGAAAUGAUCUAAAAUUCAAGAAACGUGUUCAAUUCAAGUAUCGUUGGAGGAAGACAUUGUUCUGGUGAUACUACUGUCACAGGGAAUGUUUUCAAAGGCGUGAUAUGAAACCAGCUACAGAAGUCACAGGAGGCGGCUCCAUUUCAUCCGGUGAAGCUGGUUCACAGGUGCUGACUGGCACCUCGACUGAGUCGCAGCAAAGAACCUUGAGAAGAGAGCUGGAGAGUCUCUUUCAGUGCUGCACCCUGUCUUUGUCAGCUGACUUUGGCCUACUUCAGAUUUUGCCACCCUCUGUUCCUCAUCGUAUUGCUUGACAGUGUCUGUGAGAGGACUGAUACCAGUAAACUCCUUGCAAACUCAGGUUGUGUAUAAACUAUUCCAUUAAAGCACAUUCAAUACACAUUCUUUCCCUCAGAUAACUCUGGGCACUGCAGUUUACCCCUCGCAGAGUCCUGGUGUUAAGGGUAGAUUGUGCCAUGCCUGUGCCAGGCUGCAGGGAGUUGGGGAUUUGGGAGUGCUCCCUUAUGUAAGCAGACAAACAAACGCACUCUUCUGAAUUAUGCUGAAAACUUUACACAGCCAGGGCAGAGAUUCACCAGUUCUUUUCCUGAUGUUUUAUAGUUGUAGGCAGUAGGAAUGGACAGAUCCAUCAAUUUCCAUUUCCCAUUUUUCCUAUCUUAAAUUUGGUUCAUCCUAUUUUGACAUAUGUUUGUGAAUUGUUGAAUGAAGAAGCCUACAUGAAAAUUCACAACGUAUUCAAGUGCAUUCUUCCUGAUAUAUACAUUUUUUAAAAAUGCAGUUUUACUAGUAUGUGCAUUUUUUUGGUAAGUGGUUUCCACCAGAUGGAACACAUUUCUGUAUGUUAUUUUCACUCAUAUGCAUAUUUUUGCAUUCCACAAGUUUUAGUGUCUUUUUCAUAUGCAUUCUUUUGGAUGGAGAACUGCCUCGAAAAUUGGAGAAGUGUGAAUUUCAAAGGAGAACUUUGGUUUGCUUUGUGCGUCAUUUUGGAUGGUGCAGAUUUGGGAAGUUUGCAUUAAAGUGUGAACCAAAUGAAUGUCUCCCCCGCUAUAAACCUAUAUAAACGAAAAUUCAAAAAUGAACUGGAGUGGAACACUCUCUUAUCCAGUAGAAAUUGUUCUGUGUGAGAUGGCAAAUUGCUAUUUUUUAAAAAAAUUAUUUAAUUUUCAGAUUUUGAAAUUUACAAGCAAUUGUCAAACAACCAAAACAAAAAGAGAAUUCCAUAAAUUCCCAUGGACUUCCCUCCUUCCCUCUGCAGGUCCUUACCUUAACUUUUUUUCUUCCUGCAUCCUCUCUAUUAAUCCAGUUCCAUUACAACCAUAGUCCAAUGUUAAACUACAAGUGUCUUUCCAGUCCUACUAAUAAUUUUAAUUGUUUACAAUGAUUUUUAAGGUAAAUUAUAUAUUUUUCCCAUUCCUUACUGAAACUCUCAUCAAUUAUCAAUCAGUGAAAUGGCAGAUUGUGAUACGAUGAAUAGUAUAUUGUCUGGAAAUUGUUUUAAACAGGCAAUUAUAGUUUAUUCAUUACAAUUUAGCAGGGAGUAAGGCAUGUAUUCUGCCAGUGAAGAGCACUGCAAAGUUUGCUUAUUGUUAGUUUCUUUUUACUUAUGGGAUGCCCAACAGAGUAGGCAACAAGUGAACUAUUUAUGAUGCAGUGCACUGUUUUUUAUCUGUGGCGCUGUUUUGACAGAGAUCAGGAAAAUACACUAUGGGAAGAAUAAAUUGAAUUCUUUUCUUUACAGUUCUCAUCUGUCUUGUUUGCCGUGAGCGGAAAAGAGAAUAGGAUUCCAUUUUUGAGGAAGGAGGUGAUGAUCAAAUGCUUUUCGCUUGUCAGUAUUGCACUCUAGACUGUCACUACAGGGGGAGGAAAAAUUAGAUGGUUCAAAUAAAAGGUUGGCUUUUGUUGUUCUCUAAACAAAGCUCUGUUAUUUUGGGAUUGGCAAAGUGUCCCCCUCAAAACAGACUUGUUUAUAACUGUAACUUGCCUGAACCAGAUCUUCCCAGAUCUUAAAGGUUAGAGGGAAUUGACCCCCUAGGAUGCUGAAAUGUGUGUGUGUGUAUGUGUAUGUGUGUGUGUGUGUGUGUGAGAGAGAGAGAGAGAGAGAGAGAGAAUUAAGAGAUCUCAUGGCUGGGGUCAAUUGCAGAGGUCUUUCCCAUUUCAACUUUAAAAGCAUGGUUGAGUGGCUUUUUAGAUCUUGAACCCUACUGUUUUCUCUGUUGUUGGUUUUAGUCUCAUGGUUUUUUUAGCUUGCUUUGUACACCACCCAGAAAACCUAUUGUUAAUGGACAAUACAAUACAAUAAAAGAAGAGAAAAUGUGAGUAGAUGCAUAAAUACAAUGCUGAGGAGACAGGGUCUCUGCAAGAUGGGAAAGAGCUUUAAAACAGGCCCUCUACAUGUGACUGCUUAAUGCAAAUUGCAGCAUGAAGUGGUUCUCCAUCUGCCAAGGUGUGUAGGGUUGCCAGACCUCCAGAUCUCCAGGGCCCCUCCAUGUGGCAGGUGGAGGAUGACUUGAACCUCCUGGUUUGUGAGAGUGCCUUUCAUAACAAAAAGAGGAUUGUAUUCUUCUUUAUAAAAUUUGUAUGCUGCCCAAAGAGCACAGGUUGGUUCACAACAUAAAAAUACAAAACGAGAACACAAAAUACAUCAUAAAACAAAAACGCAGCUUGGAGCCUUCAGCUCAGCAGGAGCUGGCCACAAAUUAUAGCCUAGACACUCAAGGGUGGGCCUGCUCUCCUCAUUUCCCAAUUAACCUUCAUUACCAGCACCCGUCCAGUGACAUCGCUGGAGGCCAUCCCUAGGUGUCAGUUUUUGGCCCUGAAAGCUCAGGGCCUGGGAUGCUCCUAAUCUGGCAAGUGUGUGUGUGUGUGUGUGUGUGUGUGUGUAGUCUGUUGUGAGUCACAGAAGGUUCAUAGCAAAGGUCUCUCACAGAUCCUGCUGUGUUCCCCUCCGCAACUUUUCCUCCCCCUACCAAUAGUUCAACUGCUAUUUGUUUUUGUUUCUUUUUUUAAAAAAAUCCAGAACGAUGAACUUGUUUCUCUUGUGUAUUUCUUCAAAAAGAUAGGUUGUGGAUGUUUAUACACAGCGUGCUCAUGAUGUUUUCCCAUUUUCCUUUGCUUGUGUGCGUUUCCUUCCAAGGCAGCGAAUUUUCAUGUUGGCUUUGUGUCACCAAACUGCAGGAUAGACACUGGUGGAGGAAGAGGGGGCGGUGGAAGCACACUGCCCCCAGCAUUACGAUCCUGGUGGGGUGCUGUCCUGGCUGCCCCCCCCACGCACUGGGUGCCACACCCCCGCAGGUGGCGCACCACGCCCCCAGAACUUGCGCCAUACCCCUGGGACGCGUGCCAGCCACACCCCGCCUGCUCUCCCUCCCUCCCCGGUGCUGGAGCAUGAAGCUCGGCCACUGAGGAUAGAGCCCCUCUAGUUGGGAGCAAGGUCUUCAUAUGGAUGCCUGAGGCCUGGGACAGGAGUAAUCUAUCAUUGCUCUUUGAUGAAAUCCUGUCACGUUCUGAGUGAGUCCUAGUGACCCAAAAGGGAAGGGACUGCCUUCUCACAUUCUUUAGCACCUGCUUUCCCUCAUUCAGAGUCCCUUGCACAGCAAGCGCAACUCUGUGUAGGAAAUCGCUCACCAAACAAAUGGUUGCAAUGGGUUAAAGCAGGAGUGGGGAACCUGAGACCUUCAGAUGAUGUUGAACCACAACUUCCAUCCUCCUCCUUGACCAUUGGCUAUGCUGGCUGGCAGCUAUUAGAGCCUAUCUUGUAGAGGACCACAAGAUCCUCAACGCUGGAAUAAGUAGAACGAGGGCUCAGGUUCAGAGAUGUGCAGUGCAUUCUUAUGCAUAUUCAGAGAGAAAUUGAGUUCAGUGUGUACAGGAUGGCAGCCUUGGGUACCAAACUGUAGAUAGUUAAACCCAGUAGAUAUGUGUUCUCCCUGUUAUGUCUCUUUCAUUUGUUUAUUGCCGUCAUUAACAUGCUGAAAUAUGUCUCCCUUGGGUGAUGGUCUCCCGUAGGACAGCUACAUUGCAAGGAAAGUGGUGGACAUAAUCCAGGCAAACAAAGCUUUACAGAGCAGAGGGCUUCUCUGCCAUCAGCCGCAGCAGUUUCUGGAGGUGGCAAGUGGACUCUAGGCUUGGCACCAGCACAUGGCAUUGUUAGGUAACUGCUUGGGCCACAGCAGGUGGAAGAGCACACCAUAGAUGGCUGUGCUGGGCACCAGAUGAAUUGCGUCUGGGAACCACCAUUGUAAUUUCCCACAAUGACCCUGAGAUAUCAUCAAUUCAAGGCUUUGUGAGUUAUUAAAGUAGUGAGGGCUGGGGUGCCACCAUUUUAAUUUCCCACAAUGCCUCAAACUGGCACUGUGUUGGGAGCCUUGUAGGAAAUUACACUGGCAACACAUCAGCUAGCACUAGUUAGAGCAUUGUUAGCUGCCACCCCUUCCAAGCAUGUUUACUAAGCAGCUCAUUGGCAUAGGCAUUGUACAUUUUGCCAAGGUUCUCAUCAAAAUGGCAGCCAUCCCUGCCUAUCCCUUUCUGGCCGCCAUCUUGCUUAACUGACUGCAUUCUGCUUCUUACGUUUGCCUACAGCAUCAUGGAACAUGGGGUAGAGGGCAGAGAUAACAUUAGGAAGUGACAUCAUUACUUUUAUAGUUCUAUGACCCUUUGCAUCUUGGGAACUGUUGCCCAUUCCUGUGCUGUUUCCCCCCAUUUAACUGCCUCUAUCAGACUGCCCCCAUUUUGCCACAAAACAUAUUUAUAUCUCUGCCCCCACCCCUUCAGCAAAACAAAAUGGGAAGUUAUUUCCAUUAGUACACACUCUCAUAUUUAAAUCCCUUUGCAUUUCAGCAUAUUACUAAAAAUGUGUUCAAAUGUGUCAGCAUUUCUCUAGAGCCAGCCCUACCAUUAGGUAGAGGAGGCAACUGCUUCAGACAGCAAAUGCUAAGAGGCAGAGAGUGCCAGCAAAACCUUGGAAGUCAGAUCUGUGUGGCCUGGCUGCUCAGCCUGCCCUUCACCCCCUAAGCUACUUGCUGGCUGCCCUCAGAUGUUGGUGGAGGCAGCCAGUGUGAUCAGCUUCCAUCUGUGGACAUCUGGGAGGAAAAUGCAUCUUGUUUUUCACCUCAUCUCAGACUGCAAACUGUCUGAGCCUUGCAUUUCUGUGUAAUAUUUUCGAAGGAUUUAACCAAAUGUUAUCUACUUCAACUGGCAUGUAAGGUGAUGCACAGACCAAGAGCUUUUGAAGCUAAUUGACCCCUCCGAAGGUUAACUAUAGAAAGCUGCACUAUUUUCAGGUACAAAAGGGAAUGUCCUUAAUAUUACUCUUGUUACAGAGAGUGUUAUUUUCUUACAUGCAUGAACAAUACAAAAUGUGUACAUAUAAUUUAACAUCUAUGUGGGGGUUUGACUUCUUUUUCUUUUUUUUACCUAUUUGUAUGCAGUAGAAGGCUUGUUGUAGGAAAAGCAUAUCUGAAUAUACUGAUAAUAAAAAAAAAGAAACUAAGUUAUACAUUGCCAACACAAAUGUUAACUGCUUAUGAAUUGUUCCUUUACACAACACACACACACACAAAGCCAUUCAAGCCUGAUUAUUUUUCUAAGUAACUUCAAUUAAAUUG